AUGAGUGAAUAAGAUUACUAAGCCAAUUCACGUUAUUCAACACUCCAAUCUAAUAAUUACUAAAGUUAGUUGUUGACUACUCAUUUUGGAAAAUUAUUAGAUAAGAAUGAAGCAUUCUUUAACCAUCUCAAAGGAGACUGUAUUUGUGGUAGAUGCAUAUGUGGAUAAUGUAAAUGUCCAAAAAUGCUUCUGUCCAAUGAUUUUAAAAAGGGAUAAGAAUCAUUAUAUUAAAAAGAUUUUACAACACAUGGUAAAUAAAAGUAAAUACCUCUUAUUGAUCACAAUGUAACUUAUAAGAGUUAAUUACCAAUGGAUAUAAAUUCUAUAUAAAGAGUAUCUAUUUAUUAAUUCAAUUUUAGAGUACAUAUUAAGCUCAUCCUGAUGCUAAACCAGCAGAAUCUUUAAAACCUGAAUAAAAAGUGUUUUUAAUCCCAUUUAGUAGUUCAUCAGCUUACAGAGUAUAAAUAUUGAAAUAUAUAUUUAGCUUGAUUACACUGGAGGAGGAAUGUCAUCUCUCAAAAUUAAUCCACCUCAUCAUCCAACUGUAGUUGAUAUCCCUAUGACUACUCAUUCUACUUAUCAAGAUAAUUUUUAUAAAAAACCAAUUCCAAGAGAAGAAUUUCUAACAACUGCUAAUAAAAGUAGUUUUAAAAGCCCAAUAUCUCCAGAAUUACCUUUUAUUCAUUAAUCUACCAAUAGUGCUUUUUAUAAACCUUAUCAAACUGGAAAAUUGAAUAGAAUUGAUCCUGAAUAAGUAUAUUAAUAAUUUAAACUAUUUUAGAAAGUUAAAAUGAUCCCUGCUUUUGAAGGUUAAUUUAAUUCAACCACUUAAAAAGACUUUGAUGAUAAGAAUCCAAAAAAGUGUCCAUCUAGAGUUUUUUUGAACUCGUUAUACAAAUAAAAAUUAUAAUAAAUUGCUUGA